AGUGGGACGUCUCGUUCCUUCCUCCUUUGAUGUUCACUGACACCCAUACAAAUGUAUUUCUUUGAAUCGAACGCCGUCAGGAGAUACUGGUAGUUCCGAUUCGAAUUAGUAAAUUAGUCGAAAAUAGUGUGCGAGACGGGUACGUCAACGAAAAUGAAACGGAAGAAAACCGACGGCCAGACAGAUGAUCCAACGACGUUGCGACGCUGUCCUAUCUCCUCGUCCAGUGACAAUACAUGAAAAAAGAGAUUUCAGUCAGAACAUGAGCGAAGCAGACGUUGAAGGGGUUAGAAGUUGUAGGAACAAAAGGAAUAAAUGAGACUUGGAGCUGAGAAGAAAGGAAAGUAGUAGCUUGAAGGAGUACAUUUAUGGUCCUAUCUUUGUAGAUAGUAUUCAUUAGGGACAUUAAAAAAAAGGUGGGAAAAAAUGAUUCAAUCCACGCUCCUGGGAAGUUGAGAUCCCUUGAAGACAUCUAUAAAUUGAUCUUGUAUCUCACGUUGAGAGUAUGACUUAUAUUUUGAAGAAGAUUUAUUGAUUAUCAAUAAUCAAAUUACAUUAUUUAAUGACAUAUGGAAUAUAUGACAGUCGUAUAUUCUCACAUUUGUGACAGAUUUCAGGGAACAGCAAACAAUUUUUUUUCUCCUGUGAAAGAUGAUGGAUUCAUGAUGGUCAGGUCAAAGGGAAAUGUUAAGGUUCGGUUGCCAUAUAGGGAAUGUACCAUGCAGCUCAGAUCCAUGACAAAAAGACCAUCGCCUUACACUCAUAUGAAUAGUCUGAGUUUCAUGAACUUGCAUGAUGAUUCCACAAUAAGAAGGAAACAAGGUCCUAACAAAAUCAGGGUAGAAGGUGAGGAUUCACCACCAAUAAUUAUUAGAAGUGGAUGUGCAAUGUUUCCAAGGUUUAGGUACAUCAGGUGCUGCGUUAUAAUACUGUUGAUAAUCCUUGUCUGUGUUGUUUUGAUCAACCAGUUGUUCCCUUAUCCAUUGCACGCUUCAUGCAUUAUAAAAUGGACAUUUGGAGAGACCUGUACUUAUACAAUGCAGAAAUUCAGAUGUCAGAUACUCAACUGGUCGUCUACAAACUGUGGACCACAUGGGAACAGAUGUCUCUACACACUCAAAGAACCGAAACCAGAUGAAAAUAAUGUUAUCAGGGCUGUACACUUUGCACCCAACUUGAAAACUAUGGAGACUAUGAGGAUUGAUUUUGAAGAAAUUAACAACACUUGCACAGCAACGGGAGAAUCUACAUCAAACGAAUGGUUCAGGGUAUUCGAUGAUGGUACAAAUUAUUGCGAUUUACAUAAUUUAGUGACUGGAACAGGUUUUGAUAAAAGUACAAAGUUUUUAGAAAUGACAAACAAUGCGGUUUGUACACAAUAUACCAUGGCAGUUUGUCAGUAAACAAUUAUUUGAAUCCUUUUAUAUUGUAUGAAUAUUUUUAAAAGCUGUAUCGAAUAAAACAGUGAAUUGUUCUCAUA